AUGGAUAGCUAUUCUGACUUCAACGCAGAGAACCUCUCAUCUUCAGCUAAUAUGUCUGUUUCUUUGCCUGGACAAGUUGGACUCAAUGCCACUGGUGGUACUCCUUCUAUGUCUAUAAGCAGGCUUUUCCCAGCCUUGUUAGAAUGCUUUGGAAUAAUUCUUUGUGGCUACAUAGCUGGAAGAGCCAACAUUAUCACGUCAACUCAGGCCAAAGGACUGGGAAAUUUUGUGUCCCGUUUUGCACUCCCAGCUCUACUGUUCAAAAACAUGGUGGUGCUUAACUUUUCUAAUGUGAAUUGGUCCUUCCUGUACAGUAUUUUAGUUGCCAAAGCUGCUGUGUUUUUCUUAGUCUGUGUUUUAACAUUGUUGGUAGCCAGUCCUGAGAAUCGAUUUAGCAAAGCAGGUUUGUUUCCAAUUUUUGCUACACAAAGCAAUGACUUUGCACUGGGAUAUCCAAUAGUUGAAGCUUUAUAUCAAACCACUUACCCAGAGUAUCUCCAGUACAUUUACCUGGUGGCUCCAAUAUCUCUUAUGAUGCUAAACCCUCUGGGGUUUAUCUUCUGUGAAAUCCAGAAGUGGAGGGAUAAUCGCACAGUCUCACACAGCAAAAUCAAAAUAGUGGGCCUAGCACUCCUUCGAGUUUUGCAGAACCCAAUUGUAUUCAUGGUCUUCAUAGGAAUUGCCUCAAACUUUAUUCUUGGCCAGAAAAUUCCAGAAUACUUUGAAAACUUCCUUGAUGGACUUGGCAGUUCAUUUUCUGGCUCUGCCCUUUUUUACCUUGGAUUAACUAUGGUGGGACAAACGAAAAAACUGACAAAGAGUAUGUUUGUUGCACUGAUCCUUCUCAUCACAGCUAAACUACUUAUGAUGCCAUUUCUCUGUAGAGAAAUGGUAGAACUCUUGGACAAGAGUGACAAUGUAGUCAACCACACCAGUUUAUCAAACUAUGCAUUUCUUUAUGGAGUUUUUCCAGCAGCACCUGGUGUCGCAAUAUUUGCAAGUCAAUUUAAUAUGGAAGUAGGAAUUAUUACCUCAGGCAUGGUGAUAAGCACUUUUGUGUCUGCACCUAUCAUGUAUGUUUCUGCAUGGCUGUUGACCAUCCCGUCUAUGGACCCCAACCCACUGGCGUCUGCACUCCAGAACGUCAGCUUUGACAUAAGUAUUGUCAGCCUCAUUUCCCUGAUCUGGUCUCUUAUUGUUAUUAUUCUAAGUAAGAAAUACAAACAGCUUCCUCAUAUGAUUACCACAAAUCUACUUGUUGCUCAGCUUAUUGCUUGCAUUGGAAUGAUGGUAUGGAAUUUCAUUGUUAAACAGCAAGACAUCACCAUGCAGAUCCUGGUAUUUAUAUUCCUCUACAGCUCACUUUAUAGCACCUACCUGUGGACAGGUUUUCUAUCUUUCUCUUUGUUUCUGUUGAGGAAGAGAGAGACAGUAAAUAUUCCCAUUGGGUUUAUUAUCAUAGCUGGAUGGGGAAUCCCAACACUUCUGGUGGGAAUCUUACUGAUUGUUGGUCAAUGUAACAACACUAGUAUUGACUCUGCCUUUUUCUAUGGAAAAUAUCAGAUAAUUACCACAGCAGUGAUUCUGUUCAUCAGUAUAUUGAUGUCAGGUAUCUCACUUAUGUGCAUGAACAGAAAUAGGCAAGAGUCGAGCUAUGAGGUGUUGAACCCGUAUUCACCACGUAACCAGGUGGAGGAGGCUGAAGGGGAAGGGAGUGAGGGGAAUAGAGUUUCAGCUACUGUGCCUCAGUCUUCUGCAGGAUCUUCUGCACAGCCUUCUCCAGACUCUUCAUCACAGCCAUCUGCAGAAACAGGUUGCUGUUCUUGUCAGACAACAAAUGGUGAAUUAUCCUGUGCUAGAGAGAGCAAAGCAGUGUCAAAUGCUGUUGAAAGCAAUGUUCCUUCAAUUGAGACAGCUGAUCAGUGUGUGAAUCAUUGCAGUGCUCAAACCUGUGUGUUGGCUCAAGAGGAACAGCUUCUACAGACCGGGGACAAACAGCUGGCCAGACAUGUGCUGCUGUGCUUACUUCUUAUUGUUGGCCUGUUUGCUAAUUUUUCCAGUUGUUUGUGGUGGCUGUUCAACCAAGAGCCUGGACGGCUGUAUGUGGAAUUGCAGUUCUUCUGUGCUGUGUUUAAUUUUGGUCAGGGCUUCAUUUGCUUUGGUAUUUUUGGCUUAGAUAAGCAUUUAAUCAUUCUACCAUUCAAGCGAAGACUUGAAUUUUUCUGGGGAGGAAGAGAAGCAGCAGGACAUAGAGAUCCCUCUGUACCGGAGGAAAUCAGGAUGACCUGUCAACAGUUUGUUCACUAUCAUAGAGAUCACUGUGUAAAAAGUAUUGUCAGAGGCAGAAGGUGUGGUGCAAAGAUCUCCACUGGCAUCUUCUUUGGCUGUGACCUGGUGAACUGGCUCAUGCAAGUUGGCCUUGCCUCUGACCGUGGUGAAGCUGUGAUGUAUGGAGACAGACUGAUGAAAGGAGGUGUCGUCCAGCAUAUUACCAACGAAUUUGAAUUUCGGGAUGAAUAUUUGUACUACCGCUUUAUUCCUAAGAGAUCAGUUGCAGUUGAGAGCCAUUGA